AUGCCUUGUACUGCUUGCGCUUCUCGGAGCUUAAUAUGCAAAAUAAUGAAUAAUGCAAAGUAUUAUUCUCAGUAUAUUCAUUAUGCUUGUUCUUGUAAUAGCUGUAGAGUUUCUAUUUCCGCUUAUAAGUAUCCCUUCUCCUUUUCUUUCUCUCUUGCUAAUAUUCCCCCUCCUUUUCUUAGUCUUGCACAUCAUAGCAGAAGAUAA